CGGGCUCUCUGUCUCCUCCUGCUGCUCCAGUCAGUCAGCUCGCCAGCAAGUCAUCAUCAUCAGUCUGAGAUAGCGGACAGUCAGGAAGCCAGCGGGAAUGAAAGGAAGCAGAAAACAUCCGAGAUAGCUCGCUAGAAACCGAUCUGACACCAUGUCCAGUUUAAAGGGACUCUUCACCAGCUGCCUUGUGUUGGCAAGCUUGCUGUCCUGUGCCAAGGCAGUGCCAAUAAGUAUAGACAAAACUAAGGUGAAGCUCACAGAGGAAACAGUCAAAGAGCCACCCCAGAGUGCGGACACUGGACUGCAUUAUGACCGUUAUCUCAGGGAAGUUAUUGAUUUCCUAGAGAAAGAUCAACAUUUCAGAGAGAAGCUCCACAACACAGACAUGGAAGAUAUAAAGCAAGGAAAGUUGGCUAAAGAGCUUGACUUUGUCAGCCACCAUGUGCGAACCAAAUUGGACGAACUAAAAAGGCAAGAGGUCAGUCGUCUGAGGACCCUGAUCAAAGCCAAGCAAGACAUUGAAGGAGGGAAUGAUAUUGCAGUAGAUCACCAGGCCUUACUCAAACAGUUUGAAUAUCUAAACCACAUGAACCCUCACACAUUUGAGGUGGAAGAUCUGGACAGACUCAUCAAAUCGGCUACAAAAGAUCUGGAGAAUUACGACAAGGAACGUCAUGAAGAAUUCAAAAGGUACGAGAUGUUGAAGGAGCAUGACAGACGGGAGCACCUGAAGACACUUGAUGAGGAGGGCAGGAGGAAAGAGGAGGAGCACUAUGAGGAGAUGAAGAAGAAACAUGCUGAUCACCCCAAAGUUAAUCACCCUGGUAGCAAGGAUCAACUGAAAGAAGUGUGGGAGGAGGCUGAUGGCCUUGACCCUGAAGAUUUUGACCCCAAAACGUUCUUCAACCUGCAUGACACAAAUGGAGAUGGCUUCUUUGAUGAGCAAGAGUUGGAAGCCCUGUUCACUAAGGAGCUGGAGAAGAUCUAUGAUCCAUCUAAUGAAGAGGAUGACAUGUUAGAAAUGGAAGAGGAGAGGCUGCGAAUGAGGGAACAUGUCAUGAAUGAGGUUGACUCCAAUAAAGACAGACUGGUGUCCUUAGAUGAGUUCCUGGUUGCCACAAAGAAAAAAGAGUUUCUGGAACCGGACAGCUGGGAAACUCUAGAACAGAACCAGGCUUACACUGAGGAAGAAAUGAGAGAGUUUGAGGAGCAGUUGGCCAGGCAAGAGCAAGACUUAAACCAGAAAUCAGCUGACCUUCAAAAACAGAGAGAGGAACUGGAGAGACAGCAGGAGCAGCUCAAUGCCCAGAAAAUAGAACUGCAGCAGGCUGUGGAGCAUAUGGAACGGUUAAAAACACAGCAAGUACAGCCAGCACCUGAGAUGCAUUUUGAAGGAAAUGCUCUUCCAGAGUCACCAGGACAAAACCAACCGCUCCCUCCUGAGCACCAGCCUCUGCCCCCUGGACACCAGGACAUCCCCCCAGAGCAACAUGAAGUACCCCAGAAUCAACAGGAUCUGGGACAAGGACACCAAAAUAUACCCCAACACAACCAGCCGAUGCCUCCAGGCCUCAACAACCAACCCCAAGAUUCUCCACAGGUUCCCCUCGAUCACAACAACGUGCCAUAGGACCAUCAUAUGGCUUUUACUGCUCAACGGCUACAUGUGAUUGUGUGAAGCAACUGACCUAGCGACAGGCUCACAGAGACUUCAACAAACAGUACCUCCUGCCCAGUACGAGUCAAAGAUUACCUGCAUUCAUGUGUGUUUUGCGGAUUUGAUUUGUCGGGAAUUGUCUGGUUUCGUAAC